GUGAGUGAGUUGCUAAAUAUUAAAAAAUAAUAACAAUAAUAAAAGCCGCUAGUGGACUAGGCGCUAGAUUUGACGACCACGUGUUUUCUGCUCCAUAUAACAUUCACAGUACCUGACCCAAACAAAAAAAUAUUUUUUUAAAAUAAUCUCAACAUACCUACUAUACCAAGCAACAUACUUAAAGUAAUUUUUAUUUAUACUUUGGUAAAAAAUUAAUACCUUUUCACCAACCAGAUUAUUUAGUAUUAAAUCCCCUUUAUAUCCUCCAAGCAAACAACAAAUUAUUUUUAAAAUAAGUUAAAAAGUAAUUUAAAAAUAAAAAGCGCUUUUAGGUUGUCAUCAAUCUUAUCCCCACCGUCAAUCACCAUGCUCCUCAUCUUCUUCCACCAAAUCUCACUCUCCAUUUUCUACUAAAAAUACCAAUCACUGUCUCUCUCAACCACAAAACCAUGCUCUCCCCAACACCAUUUUCUCUCAUUUGCGCUGUUCUUCUAUGUUUGCCUCUCACCAUAAUCUUCACCAUCACAAGCCCUAUCGCCACCAUAACCCCCACUAUCCCCACCCAAAUCUCCUAAUCCCCAAAACUCACCAAAACCUACCAAAAAAUCAACCUAAUUUCACCGCUAAAAUCCCUCCCAUUAGAUGACAACUCGCUCUUCCACCUCGCCGCCCGUGCCAUGUUCGCGCUUCUCUCUCCUUCUUGCAUCCUCAUCUGGUCCUUCAACUUCACGUACCAAACCCUCACCCGAUCGAAGAAGAGUUUCAUCGAGAUUCUAGAUAACGAGAUCGGGGCGUAUGACAGGUGGGCAGCGCGUGGGGAGGACGCAAUGCUGCCGCAUGUGAAGCUAGAGGAGUUUCGGAUCGGGUCUCAAUUCUGGAUCCUGAAGCGGAAGCACGUGAGGGUGGUUGUGGGUGACCACCGGCUCUGGUCUAAGUUCAAGCUACCGUGCCAGCGUUGGGACACAUGUUACCCAGAGGAAAAUUACUUUCCUACCCUCCUGAACAUGAGAGAACCAGGCGGGUGCGUGCCCGCUACCCUUAUGCACGUGGAUUGGCGCGGGAGAUUCGAUGGCCACCCCCGAACAUAUGAGGCCUCCGACUUGGGGCCUGAUCUGAUCACCUCCCUGAGAAAUGACAGGCCGAAAUACGAUGACGAGAAGGAGAGCGACAACGGCUCUGAUUGGUCCUUGACGAAACUGCGAGACCCGUUUCUGUUCGCAAGCAAGUUCCCGCCGGAUGCGAUUGGACUGUUGAUGAGUAUGGCCAGUGAUGUCAUCUUCAAGGAUUAAGAUGAUAUGGCAUUUUUAGGAUUUUUUUUUUUUUUUUUUUUUUGGGUUUGUAAUUUACAAAUGAAAUUAUUAACAAAAAGAAGGAAAAAAAAAACAAAACCGGGACAAACCCGGUGGGUUUGAGCAGCAAAAUGUAUAUAUUUUUCGUUUAUUUUUUUUCGGGGUGAGUUUUCUUGAUUUUUUCAAAGUGGAAAAACGUGUUUGGUUAAGCCUAAGCGGUGCAAUGUCUCUUUUUAGACUUUUAUGAGUGGUAGUGUUUUGGCUUUAUAGAUUCCCCUACAGCCAAACUAAGCGAUUGUCAAUGAUCGAAAGCUUUGCCCUUUAACAAACUUAAAAGGACCUUAAUGUUUUAUUUUCGUGGGAAUUGCCUAACUUUGGCUCUUUUUUAUUAUGUAGUUGACACAUGUUUUAAUGUCUGUCAUUCAUCGUGUCACGCGACAUAAUAGAUGUCAUGUAUUGGGUAGCGGCGUAGUCGGGCCUAGGCCAAAAGUCGUCAUGUCCUCCCUCCCCAUCCAAAAAUUUUCAUUAUCUCAAUAGCCAAAAA